UUGGCGAGUGUACAAAGUGAGGAUGGUUGACGCGUCAGCGCAGCAGAAGAUGCACUGCGCAAUCGCACAGGCUUCCCUCACGAUAUGAGCUGCUUGGCCACCGCCUUCCAUCCAUCCGAGCUGCCACCCCUUCGCCUUUCUCCCAGUCCUCCCCACCCCUCAGCAUCCCAACCGUGCUACCCACCCCUCAGUCUCCGAUGCUGCAUGAAGGAUUUCCCCCUCUUCCCGCGGGAUACGCACCAAAAUCGCUCUCAUAAUAAUGGACUGCGACGCUCGCUGUAAAUUGACGCGCUAAUGACAUUUUAUUUAGUCUUCAAAUAUGAAUCAUGCGUCUGAUAUUCCAUCUGUGUCUGCUCGCUAGCAUAUUUAUUUCCGUGCCAUUUUCUAUCGCCUCAGCCUCAACGGUUUCCAGCUCUGUACAGAAUGAGGAUCUCAGGGAUCAGCACGUGUCUGAGACCCCGCGAGAAGCGACAGCAGCGGCAUUGGGCAAUUCCACGGGAAGAAAACCCGGAGAGCACAAGGUCACCGUUACAUAUCCCUCCCGGCUCAUCUACUACUUGAAUGAGGAGUCGGAGAGCACGGAUCAUGACCUGGACACUCGGGCGAGAAAUCAGGCCGGUGAUGGACAGGAUGUCCACCUGGCCCAAGCAAGUUUCCAGCUGGACGCCUUUGGCACCACAUUCACUUUGGACCUUACUUUGAACAAUGAUCUGCUCUCUUCAGAUUAUAUGGAAAUCCACUAUGAGAAAGACAAGCCCGUUCUCUCCAGGGGUGGUGAACACUGCUACUACCACGGCCGUGUGAGAGGAAAAGAAGACUCCCGUGUAGCUUUAUCCACCUGCAACGGGCUUCAUGGGAUGUUUGAUGAUGGUAAUUUUGUCUAUCUCAUCGAGCCUCUGAAACAGACUCACUCCGUGGAAACAGAAGCACGACCCCACACUUUACGCCGAACAUCGUCACUCCAUGUGACCUCUGUCCCAGGUGCCUGGGCUGCUGAUGACCCAGUUGAGGAAAAAGAAGAGGAGAAACGUAUUUUUGCUAGCUUGCCUUGGCUAAAGAGAAGGAGGAAAAGAGCUAUGCCACGUAACAUUUUUGAGGAAAUGAAGUAUCUGGAAAUAAUGAUUGUCGCUGACCACAACACGUUUAAAAGGCAUAAGAGUAAAAAGCAUACCAGGAACUUUGCCAAAUCAGUGGUCAACUUUGUAGACGCUAUUUUCAAGGAGCAGUUGAAUACGCGUGUGGUAUUGGUUGCUGUGGAGAUUUGGACUGACAGGGACCGAAUUCCGCUGAGCGUGAAACCAUUAGAAAUGUUAAGAGAUUUUUCAAAGUACAGACAACAGAACAUCAAUAUCAACGCUGAUGCCGUGCACCUCUUCACGAAUGUGACGUUUCAUUACGGUCGGAGCGGUGUUGCAUAUAUUGGUGGUGUGUGUUCCAAAGAAAAAGGAAUUGGUGUUAAUGAGUUUGGCAGCACAUGGACAAUGGCUGCCUCUCUCUCUCAGAGCUUAGCACAGAAUCUGGGUAUCCAAUGGGAUCCUGUGAUCAGGAGGAAGGAGUGCGGCUGCAUGGAUUCAUGGGUGGGAUGUAUAAUGGAAGACACUGGAGUACAACACCCACGCAGGUUUUCCAAAUGCAGCAUUAGUGACUACAGGAACUUUCUUCUAAGAGGUGGUGCUUCAUGUCUGUUUAACAAACCCAACAAGCUCUUUGAGGCUACAGAAUGUGGGAAUGGUUACGUAGAAGUGGGAGAGGAGUGUGACUGUGGGGCCCGAAUGGAGUGCUAUAAAGACUGCUGUAAAAAAUGUUCUUUGUCUAAUGGAGCGCACUGCAGUGACGGCCCCUGCUGCAACAGCACAUGCCUGUUCUACCCGCGUGGAUACAGCUGCCGAUAUGCUGUGAAUGAUUGUGACAUAUCAGAGACUUGUUCAGGAGACUCGGGACAGUGCCCCCCUAAUCUUCAUAAGCAAGAUGGCUACUCUUGUCAGCUCAAUCAGGGUCGCUGUUACUGUGGUGAAUGUAAGACCCGGGACAGUCAGUGCAAAUACAUCUGGGGUCCAAAGGCUGGAGGGUCAGAGAAGCACUGCUAUGAGAAGUUAAAUACAGAGGGUACAGAAAAAGGGAACUGUGGGAGAGAUGGAGACAAAUGGGUGCCCUGCAGCAAACACGAUGUGUUCUGUGGGUACCUGCUGUGCACUAACAUUGGGAGAAUCCCAAAGAUCGGGACCCUGAAAGGCGACAUCACUCCCACCACAUUUAACCAUCAGGGGCGACUGGUGGACUGCAGUGGGGGACACGUGCUGUUGGAUGAUGACACUGAUCUAGGGUAUGUGGAAGACGGUACGCCGUGUGGCCCCUCUAUGAUGUGCCUUGAACGGAAAUGUCUACCCAUCUCCUCCCUGAACCUAACAGCCUGUCCGUCUGGCCCAGGUGGCCGAGUCUGCUCUUCUCACGGCGUGUGCAAUAAUGAAGCAACCUGCACCUGUGAUGCUACAUGGGCAGGGACUGACUGCAGCAUGCACGACCCCCCAAAAGAGCCACCCGUCAUCGAGGACCCGGGUCCCAAGGUGAGCGUGGCCACAAACAGGCUGAUAGGGGCAGUGGCAGGGACCAUUCUGGCCCUGGGGGUGAUUUUUGGAGGCACAGGGUGGGGAAUAGAAAAUGUCAAGAAAAGACGAUAUGACCCUAACGCCAGUGCCAUCUAAAGAGGCUAAGAGAACCUUGCCUAGUGUGCCCCUGGGUUCCGUCAGAACCCGUCGGACUGUACCCUCUCCUGCUGCUGACGCCGCUGCCGAUGGCGUUGGCAUUACUUGAAUAAAAAAAGGACAGAAAGCGAGAGAAGAAAGGGACCGAACGGUCGAACAUUUUUCAUCCGAAGUCACGUAGAACUGCUUCUCUAGCGCUGCUCCCGUUCCUUUGCCCCUCUGGCCCUGAGCAUCCACACUGAGCCGUUUAGCAACCCUGAUAACUGGUAGUGGAUGGUACCACUCAUCGGGGCAUGACUUCACGUUUACACGCCCCGACCUCCGGUUCCAACCCAGGCAUGACCAGCUUCAGCUGUGGACCUCGCAUGGCAGAGGAGGGACACCAAUGCAAGACAAACAUAUUGUUAAUUUAAAAAAAGGAGAAUGAUUUGAAGUUCCAGUAGGUUGGUAACACAUCCAUGUGUGUUUCAAUGGGCUAAAUGACCACGUACUAAGAGAGGCACCCAUAUCGGACAGACAUUUCAAGGCAUAACUUUAACGUUUUUUGUUAUUUCAGCAUGUUAUAAUUGCAGGCAUUUUCUGUAGUAUUAAUGAAACAAAGAAACCCAAACAAAAAAGAAAAAAAAUCAAUCCAUUUGGCCAGCAGCGUAUACUGCUGCAUGAUGAAAUCACCACUGUUAUAUAUAUGCCUAAUGACGUCAAUUACUGUUCCCCUUGGAAAAAAGAAAAAGAAAAAAAAAAUAGAAAAAAAGAAAAGAAAAAAACAAUUAAACUGGCUGGGCCCUGUAGGUCUGCCCUGACCUGAAUGCCAUCACUGGCCAAUCAGAGAGCUGCAUGAUGUAACUGCACUGGGGGCGGAGCCCACACAGCCUGCUGCGCUUUUCAAGGUAUCUGCAUGUCAAAGGAAAAACAGUUAACAUUUACUUACUAUGCAAAGGGGAAACAUUGCACAAACUCUACGGUUUGGUAAAGAAUUCUCAACUGAGACUAACAAUGAAAUCGAUCUCAAGCUAGCAGAUUAUUAAUAAGGCAGUCUUUUAUAUGCUCGGCCAUCUAUGUUUGACAUUAUAAUAAGCUUCUGAUUACUUAAAAUGAAUGUUUCUAUGAAAAUCUCAGCUUCUGAAAAUGAAAAUGUCAUUGUCAUCUGUGUGGGACCGCAUAAUUGAGGCACUUGUGAUAUUAAAAUGAUAUUAUUAAUAGAAUGGGGCUGUUUCAGUAGUGAGAGCUCUAGUUUGGGGCUAUGCCACUGGAAUAAGAGCAGAAAGAGAGGGUGUUUUUCUAUACCAUCAUUGAUCUACACCAUCAGGUUUUUGAACUCAUCUUCUAAACCCUGAGCCCUUUUACAGCCAUCUCAUGUUCCCAUGGAAACAUUGCCAAAACACAAAUAAUGAUAAUAAAAAACUUAACAAAAAAAAUUCAACUUUGAGAUCUUUUUUUUCCCCCC